AUGGUCACCACGCAAUCAAAACCCGAUACCUCCGGUGUAGAUCUGUCGAAAUACAUCACUCCGUGGAAGCUUGAUCCGCAGCAACCAUACUUGCUGAAGAACUCCAGAAUCGUCGAUCCUGUUCAUGGAUCGAUCAGUAGCAAUGUCACCAUUGCCCUUUCCGCUGGCAAGAUUGUUUCCGUUGAAGCAGGCGAUCCAGCAAAGACAGAUGGAUUAGACGUCAAGCCGGAGAACAUCAUCGAUCUGGAAGGAAAGUACGUUUGCCCCGGGCUGAUUGACUGCCAUGUCCAUAUAGCAGUUACCCCGGGCGCGGCAAGUCUAUCAUCGUACCGAGACAUGACGGAGACCAAAAGCCUUCUGCGGCAGCCCAGUGUCCUCAAAGCAAUGCUUCAUCGCGGCUUCACUACCGUCAGAGACUGCGGCGGUGCGACUCUUGCCAUGAAAGAAGCCGUUGAAGAGGGCAUCUAUCCCGGUCCGCGCCUUUUCAUAUCUGGAAAGGCGCUCUCUCAGACCGGCGGCCACGGCGACAUGCGUGGACGACAUGAUACUAUCCCCUGCUGCGGCGGCGCUGUAUCAGGUAUCAGCCGUAUUGUAGACGGCGUACCAGAAUGCUAUCGCAUCGCAAGAGAUGAAUUGCGUCAAGGCGCGGACUUCAUCAAGAUCAUGGGCGGUGGCGGCGCCGCGAGCCCGACUGAUCGCAUCGACCAACUUCAGUUUUCCGACGACGAAAUCAAGGCCAUUGUCACUGUUGCAAAUAACGCAAAGACUUAUGUCACAAGCCACUGCUAUACCACAGAAGCAGUCAGACAGGCCAUCAACCAGGGCGUCAGGGGUAUUGAGCACGGCAACAUGAUCGACCUGGAGACCGCGAAACUCAUGGUGAAGACGGGAACAUUCCUCACGCCGACGCUUGUAACUCACUUCGUGUCAAAGGAGUCGCAUUUCCUGGAUGCAGAAUCAGAGGCCAAAGUCACCACUGUACUUGAACAGGGCUUGGCCACGCUCAAGAUGGCGACAGAAGUCGGCGUCACAAUCUGUUUUGGCACCGAUCUGCUUGGCCCGACUCACUUCGCCCAGUCGAAAGAGUUUUCUAUCCGCAGUCAAGUUCAGACCCCUCUCCAGGUUCUACAAAGUGCUACUAUCAAUGCCGCCAAAAUGCUUGGUCAGGAGAACAAGUUGGGUCAGAUCAAGGAGGGAUUCCUGGCAGAUCUGUUGGUCCUGGAUCGUAACCCUUUGGAUGAUAUUACAAUUCUGGACGAGUCUCAGGGGUCCAUCUUGGCUGUUGUGAAGGAAGGGAGAGUUGUGCAUUCGCAUCUGAGUUGUAUGAAAGAAGAGUCGAGAGCUUGA